AUGCAGUCCACACUAUGUGCUUCCAUUACUGAUUCAGGUAUGUCUCGUGUGUGGCGUUCGUUGGCUGAGGCCGCGCCAUCGGGAAGCGCAGCCAUCCCCGCUUGAAUCGCAAGUCCCAUCGAGCUGACUCGAGCUCCUUCGUCGUUGUCGUUGUCGCCCUCUUGUGCAGAUGGUCUCGGGCUCGGAUCACCUUCCAACGACUUCCACAUGAUUACUCGAUCUUCACCUUCACCCUGGAGCAAGUUCUUGUCCCCGUCGCUCUUCACGUCCAGUAGCACCUAUGGUUUUCCUGUCACGGCCCCGUCCGCCGCUGCGCCCGUAGCCGCCGCCCGAGCGCCGCACGCGGCGCGCAUCGCUGGACCCGCCCCUGUCGUCACGGUCGGAGCCUCGCUCGUUGCGCCUGGUUUUACCCAGGAGCGCGAGAUCAACCCUUUUGAGAAGAGCUUCGCCACAUCGGAUGGCCCCGCUAAAGGCCGACAGAUGCUCCGGACCGGCUCGCCGUCGCCAGCGCCGCGACGCCACAACAAGCGCGUCGAUCCAGCGUCGAUGGCGCCCCACCUCAAAUCAGCCGACGCCGCCCCUCGCGCGCGAUCGAAGCUCCACGAGACGAUCAGCGCCGCACCGACUGGGACAGCACUACUUGCAGCAGCAGCCUCGACAACCAAGAAUACCGAUUCAUCUGCAACAACACGACCUGCACUUAGUGUAGGACUGGCGGCUCGUCGAAUGCAUCGCAAGGCGGCCAGUGAGAGCCUAGCACCGGCUUCGCAAUUGAGCUCAUCUGCGAUCGAUCCAAUCGGCGCAGGGAGCAGCGGCGGCCGCAAGAGAGCCUCUUUCGCACCCGCGCCGAUUGCCUCGUUCACGUCAUCGAACUCGUCGAGCUCGCGGUCGGGCCAUGCCAGUGAACGAACAAAUUCGUCGACAUCCAACUCUGCCGAAGAUUCCCCCGCAUCAUCGGUCCCGCCUUCACCGGUUCCCGACACCGAGACCAAGCCAGCCGCACCGAGACAGGAGUCGACCGUUGCCGCCAGUCAAAACGGCGAGGCGGACGUUGAGCAAGCUUACGGCACUUCGGCACUUGCUCGACUCGUCUCGUCGACGGUCGACAAGGGGAAAUUUCAGCACUACCAACCCGCCCCUUUGCCCAUUUCGUAUGGUGCGCCGGCGCAGCCCUCGUCGACUUGGCGAACAGACGCCCCAUCGCAGCAAGAGCCACCGCAGCUGCAGAGCCAGCCCACGGUUAGCAUUGGCGUACUAAUCACCCAGCACGACAUUUCGGUUGUUCCCACGGCGUUCCUUGCCGAAGAACAGCAUUACUAUGACUCCAGCUUCAUGGGCCUGGAUGACAGCGAAGGAGCUUUAGGUCGCUUUGACUCGCUCCACGUCUCUGCGCCGGUGUCCACGCUCAACCCUGGUGCUUUCAUCGAGUUCUCUUUCGCCUCCGAAGACGGCAAGACUAGUUCGCGUGGCCCAUUGGCCAACUCAACCUCUGGGGCCACCAAUGAAGGUCCUGCUCCUCGCAAGCGAGGACGCAAGCCAAAAUCGGCCGUGCCCGAAGAAGAUGCCGAAACGGUAAAGGUCGAAGCUCUGGAGCGAAACAGGGUUGCGGCUUCGAAGUCACGACGACGCAAGAAGGAGCGAGUGUCUGGACUUGAGCAGAGUGAGUUUCAGAGAGAGUUCCUGGAAGCAAGGAAGCAUCGGCCGAGAGGUUGUCAAGCUGACCCGUGCCGACCCCUCUUCUUCGCAACAGAUGCGGCCAACCUCGCUACUUCGAACGUCCAGUUACAGCAAAUGUGCCAAGUCUUGUCGAACGAGCUGCACGGCUUGCGUGCGAUGCUCAAGCAGCUGCAUCCUCUGGACUGCGACUGUGUACACGUUCGAGGAUAUUGCGCUCGCGAAGCCGCAGGUGGGGGUAUUCCUACGAUCGAACGGAUUGCUGGCCGAACAUUGUCUCUCGUGAGUACACGACAGCGAGAUCAACAUGGCUCGGUAACAGGAAACUGACCAGCUUUUAAAUUGUUACUAUUUAGGACUACACCAAGGUUCCUCGAUGGGGUAGCGAAGACGACUGCUACUGCGCCACACCCGGCAUGCCGAACUCGCGAUCCAAGCGAGGGGCUCCUGCCGCCGACGAGAGUCACCCGGACGCUCGGCGAGCCAUACCACUCAAGCGUGCCCGAGUAUAA